AUGGAUGCUCCUAGUAUUGGGAAUUUUUUCACCUGGACUAAUGGUCGUGUUAAAGCAAAAUUGGACAGAGUACUUAUUGACCCAACCUGGAAUUAUGGGAAUUUUAACUGUUGUGUGGAUUUCAAAGAUUUUGAAUGGGUAUUAGAUCACUGUCCUUUGGUCAUUAAACUUUUUAAUCAUAUUGAGACUGUCAAUAAGCCAUUCAAAUUCUUUAAUAUGUGGUUGGUGCACCCCAAGUUUAAGACUAUUGUUAAUGAUGUCUGGAGGACUGUCAUAUUGGGGACAGAACAGUACAGAUUUGCUAUCCACCUUAAAGCUCUCAAAUCUCCCCUCAAACUUCUCAACAAAGAAGAGUAUGGUCACAUCUCUGAAAAAGCUUCCCAUGCCAAUGAAGAGUACAAAGCCUUUGUGCAACAAUUUGAUGUUCUUACAGCUUCGAAAGAUGAUAGGAAUAAGCUUCAUAUGAUGAGGGAGAAUGCAAUGUUCUUGACGGAAGCUGAAAAGCAAUUUUUCAAUAAGAAAUUCCAGAUAAAAAAUUUGAUUAAAGGGGACAAGGGAUCUAAAUUCUUUCAUGAUCUGAUCAAAAAAUCUCAUAGGGAUAAGAGCAUUUCGUGCAUACUUGAUCAGUCGGGACAACCAACAACAUCUCUCCUGCAAGUGGAAAGUUUGUUUGUAGAUCACUUUAAAUCACUUUUGGGUACUACCAGUCCUCGGGAACAUUGUAAUGCUGAUAUUAUAAGGAAUGGACCUUCUCUUUCUGCUGCUCAAUAG